CAGAGCUCGGGAGCAUCAACAUCCACAACGUCCACACUCACUUCCCGCCACACAUACCACACAUCCCUCCCGUUAUGAACUUAUUACUACAGUAGCCGCAUAUCUGUGCGGCGUACACUAGCCCCUGGUAGUAGCCCACCAUGGGUGCUGGCAUUCCUCACCAAAACACGCUGACGGAGAACUUCGAGGUGGAUUAUGUCGUGCUCUACCGCUUCUCCAAAGUUGACAAAAAUGAAGCUAAGGAGCAGUUCAAGAAGCUCAUCCGAGUUCUAUCAGAUGUCGGGCUGCAGACGGAGGUGCGUCCCGGAACAGACCAGAGCCUUCUGAUAUUUGUAAAGGCCCAAGAGAAAUCCUUGGGUGAAGCUAUAUAUCGAUCCAGGGUACGGGAUUGGCUGCAUGGUGUGCGCAAUUCGCAACCAAAUCCCAAUGCGAAGGGCUCAUAUACCCCUGAGACCGACGCAGAACGGCUCCUCAUGGUGUACAAUAUGAUCACUGCUCCCAGCAACGAAGGCGGUGCAGGAAUAACUCCCAAAUACGGCGAGUGGAACCAUGUAGACUCAUUCUUCCCAUUGCACGACAAGCUCCUCAACAAGACGUGGAUAAAAGCCUGGACCAGUAAAACAUUCCUUACGGCGGAUGACCUCGACCAAAUCCGGAACCACCACGGUGAAAAGAUCGGCUUCUACUUCGCUUUCUUGCAGUCGUAUUUUUCAUUCCUCGUCUUUCCCGCCGCCUUUGGUGUUGCGUGCUGGGUUCUUCUGGGCAAUUUCUCCAUCGUCUAUGCGAUCGUGAACUGUCUGUCAUGCGUCCUGUUUGCCGAAAUGUGGAAGCGACAGGAAAGAGACCUGCGGAUUCGCUGGCAAGUGAAAAAUGUUUCCGAAAUCCGUACCAAGAGAAGGGAGUUCCAGUAUCUUUUGAAAUCCGUUGAUCCUGCGACUGGAGAGGAAUUGCUGCUAUUCCCGUCAACCACGCGUCUAGGCAGACAGCUUCUCCAGGCACCCUUUGCAAUUGUCGCAGUUCUUGCAUUGGGUACUCUAAUAGCUACUUGUUUUGCGAUUGAGAUCUUCAUUUCCGAAAUUUAUGCUGGGCCCUUCAAGUCAUAUCUCGUCUUCAUCCCCACAAUCUUGCUCUCUUUAUUUGUUCCCACUAUCUCCGCCGUUUUAACCAACAUCGCGAAGCGUCUCACCGACUACGAGAACUACGAGACGCAGGACAGUUACGACGUGGCGCUAACCCACAAAAUCUUCGUUCUGAAUUUCAUCACAUCCUACCUCCCAAUCUUCCUCACAGCCUUCGUCUACGUGCCAUGCGGCCGAGUGAUAGUCCCAUAUCUCGACGUAUUCCACCUGACUGUCAGCCCAUUUACAACAUCAUCGGAGAUGGACGAGCUGCAGAAGUCCGCAUCGGCCUUUCAGAUCAACCCAUCCCGACUCCGCAAGCAAGUAAUUUACUUCACCGUCACCGCGCAGGUCGUCAACCAGGGCCUCGAGAUCGUCCUCCCAUAUGCCAAACGGAAGCUCAUGCGCAAGUACCAAGAAUACACUCAAGAAAAAGCCAAAUCGACGAAAAGCAGUGGCUCGUCCACGCCUGAAGCAGCUUCCGCUACGCCCGCUGCAGCGAUCUUAGAAGACGUCCCCAGCGAAUCUGAAUUCCUCACCCGCGUCCGCGAUGAGGCCUCACUCACUGAAUACGAUGUCGCCGCUGACUUGCGCGAAAUGUGUGUCCAAUUCGGCUACCUCUCCCUCUUCUCCGUCAUUUGGCCGCUUGUCCCACUCUCCUUCUUGGUAAACAACUGGGUCGAGCUACGCUCUGACCUGGUCAAGAUCUGCAUAGAAUGCCGCCGGCCCGUCCCCUUCCGGUCCGACAGCAUCGGCUCCUGGGUGCAGUCGAUCGAGUUCCUCGCGUGGCUGGGCAGUAUCACGAAUGCGGCGUUGGUGUACAUGUUCUCCAACGACGGGCUUGGGCCGGAUGGCAGCUCCUCACAGAUUACCGGGUGGGUGUUACUGCUUGUCAUAUUCUUCGCGGAGCAUAUAUACCUUAUCAUACGGCUGGUGGUGCAGGUAGCGAUAUCCAAGAUCGAGACACCGGCCACGCGCCAGGAGCGUGUGGAGCGGUAUCUAGUGCGUAAGCAGUAUUUCGACGCAACGCCGGCGCGGGAGAAGCAGGAUAGUGGGGUGGCGGGUGUGGAUACGGAACGCCAUGCGCAUAGUUCUCAGCAUGACAAUGGACAGGAGAAGUCGACAGUCACGCGGGAAUCACUAGAAGAGGAUGCGCGGCGGAUGAGUCAGCACGAUUCGUCGGUGGGGGAUGUGUUCUGGGGCCGUCAGCGGGGUACCUGGGAGGUGAGCGUUGUCGGGGAAGGUAUUAUUGAGGCGGAGUUGAGCACGGGCGUGGAGGAGAAAAAAGUGCAGUAAGUAUUCUUGUUAGGAUUGGGGUGUGAAUGUUAGGAGGCAAAUAGGUUUUUGGAAGAUGAGUGAGUGUUGGCACCGAUGGAUAGGAUAGGGCUAGCAUUGUUCCUUUGACUUUGAUUUUUUUUUUUUUUUUUUUUUUUUUUUUUUUUUUUUUGGUGGGGUUUGGGGGUUGAUUUUCGGUUUCUCGAGCAUGCAGCAUACAUGUUGGUUCCGCGAGAGUGCAGAGGUUUCAUUUGCACGUCAUUCUUUCCUAGUCAGUCUGAUGUCUUGAUAUUCUGCGUUGAGUUCCGCCUUCUUUUUCUUUCCUAGAGUAACAUGUAGCUACCAUCACAUAUCAUUCGUGGAUCAGAAAGCGCAGAGAUCAAAAAAAAAAAAAAAAAAAAAGAGAGAAGAGAGAGAAUUAUGUGAGGUAAGCAAGAGAUUUAAUUUCAAAGCAAGGAAAAAGGAAUCUUUCUUUAGCAUGUCUUGGUUUCGAUCCAAGGUCCUCCGGGUUAUGAGCCCGGCGCGCUUCCGCUGCGCCAACAUGCUCGGCUGGUGAUAAAGUGGCGCAGAUAGCAGUAUACUAACCUACAAUACUCCGUACAGCGGUUGGGAUGACUCGAUGUAUUAUUAGUCAUCUAGUUACUAUAGU